UCAUCCAACUAUGUCAACAACAGGGUCAUCAGAUGCAAAGCAGCUGUUGCAUGGGAGCCUAGGAAGCCUCUCACCAUUGAGGAUGUGGAGGUGGCCCCACCUAAAGUGCAUGAAGUCCGCAUCAAGAUUAUUGCCUCAGGCGUGUGCCACACAGACCAGGAAUACCUGACUGGACAGUUCAGACAGUUCCCAUUGGUUCUCGGCCAUGAAGCAGCGGGAAUAGUGGAGAGCGUCGGCCCUGAAGUCUCAAAAUUCUCACAAGGGGACAAAGUUAUUCCUCUUUUUCUGCCACAGUGUGGGGAAUGUGAACGAUGUCUGAGUCCCAAAACCAAUCAGUGCAGGAAGAACCGGGCAAAUACACAAGCGGGUGUAAUGGCUGAUGGCACUAGCAGGAUAUCUUACAAGGGCCAGCAGGUGUACCAGUUCCUUGGAGUCAGCUCUUUCUCCCAGUACACUGUGGUCCCAGAUAUCUCACUAGCAAAGAUAAGAAGUGAUGCACCGCUUGACAAAGUGUGUCUACUAGGUUGUGGCGUCUCUACCGGUUAUGGUGCUGCGGUUAAAGCAGCCAAGGUAAGAGGAUCCACAUCUGCCUGAUAGAUGCAUUCAAAUUAUAAUUUGAAUGCUUGCCAGCUCUGAUACCAUCCUGUGGUUGUUGUGUGAGGAACCCUACCUGUAGUGUGAACAAGAGGGGUGCAGAUACAAAGAUUAUCUAUGAACAUGCCACAGCAAAUCCAUUAAGAAGAAAAGCAUUUAAGUUGUAUUUUGUAUGUGACAUUACUCAGGUGUUUCUCCAGUUUGAUUAAUGGUACAAAGCAUGGCUGCAGUUAAUUAUUUCCCCCACUAGAUGUCAGUAGAUAACAUUGGCACCACAUUUUAUUCUAAAAUGGUGCAAGGGUCAAAUAACCU